AUUUUGAUAUAUUUAAUUCCAUCUCAAACUUUUCCAUCCAGGGCUCAUCACAGUUCACUAGAUCAGAGUUCUCCGCCCAGUGCAAGCCUGUCUCCGCCCUAUCGGCCACACUUGCUGGGACAGUUUGAUGAACUAAACCAAUUACGGAGGACAGCCUCUGAACCCAAUUUAAAGGUGCGUUCCGUGUUAAAGCAGAAGGUGAUCGAGAGGCGGAGUAGUCCACUGAUACAGCGGAGAAAUCGGACGCCAUUGUCACUAAAAAGUAGAAAACCGUUAGGAGUUGACACUGGAAUGUCCAGCGGAAGCACGCCAGAUUCAGGACCAAACUCUCCCCCUAGUAACACAAUGCUACAGUCCAGUAAUGGCAGCCUGACUUCCUUACAUACCAGAGAGGGUUCCAGCCCAGCAGAACUCCCCUUGCAGCAGUUGAAAAAUAUGAUGGCCCAUGGGAGCUACAGUGACCUGACCCUGUAUGCCUCGCCCUCCAUGCCCAAUAUAUCCCUAGGGAGACCCCCACAGGCAUCCCCUAAUGCUCAGGGCACCAACAACAAUUCCCCACAGUCAGAGGCAGAAAUGCGGGCUAUGGCAGCUGCCAGGCUGGGUCUGCCUUUAACCGGCCAUUAUCUCCCUGGUGCAUAUCCCUAUUACCAUCCAGGAGUCAUGGGUGUUGACCCAGAAUCAACAGCGAGCAACCCAGCAUACAUCAGUACUCAGAUGAAGGUGUUGGAGCAGAUGCGCAGCACGGGAAAACUGGCCACGCACCCUGCUGCUGGCGCCCCCUAUGUAGUACCCAAGACAGGCACCAUCACAGACUCUCAAGUUGCACACGCUCGUUUGCACAGACACCGUCCCCUGGGCAGGACCCAGUCCGCCCCCCUCCCCCUGGGGCAGCCUAUGCUGGGCCCCCAGCAUGGAAUGUUACUCCAGCACCAACAUGAACAGUUCAUGAAAGAAAACCAGUCUUACAAUCUCAAACAGCAUAUCCGUCAGCAAGUGUUACAACGAGCUGGCAGCAAGAACCACAUGGAAAACGUGGACGAGGAAACCGAGGCCAAACUCGCACAGGAAAUGAAAGAAUCACGUGAAAAACUCCAAGAGGAAGCCGACGACAUAGUCGUAAUUGAUAAGGACGAAUCGGAGGCAACGAUACGGAGAGAGCUUGAACAACAUCACCAUCAUCCACAAACUGAUCGAAAAGCAUUCCUUUCUGAACAACGCGAUAUUUUGCGGUUGCAUCCUGCACACGCGCCUGCUGUGUCAGGGACGUCGUCUGUCCAUGCUCCGCUAAUACCAAUAAACGUGCCAGCGCGGCGUCCUCCGCAUCGUCCACUCUCCAGGACCCAGUCCAGUCCACUGGUUACGUUUAAUUUCCCAAGGCCAUCAAAUGCACCUGAACAGCAGGAACCUUUGCCGCUUAGAUUCACUACAGGAAUAGCCUAUGACACCAUGAUGUUAAAGCACCAAUGUACAUGUGGAAACAACCAGAACCAUCCAGAGCACGCAGGAAGGAUACAAAGUAUCUGGGCGCGACUUCAGGAAGCAGGGCUUGCUGCGCGAUGUGAGAAAGUGAAAGCCAGAAAGGCAAGCCGCGAGGAACUCCAGUCAUGCCACAGCGAAGUAUACACAUUGAUCUACGGGACAAACCCCUUACAUCGACAAAAACUGGAUCCUCAGAUACUGGAGACUUUACCCACUAGGUUCUGUAUGUUACCAUGUGGCGGGAUUGGUGUGGACUCCGAUACUGUGUGGAAUGAGCUGCAUACGUCUUAUGCAGCGAGAAUGGCCACUGGAUGUGCCAUUGAAACAUCGAUGAAAGUUGCAGCUGGGGAACUGAAGAAUGGCAUGGCCAUAGUGCGACCCCCAGGUCAUCACGCAGAACACCAACAACCCAUGGGUUUCUGUUUCUUCAAUUCGGUGGCAGUGGCUGCUAAGCAGCUGAGGGAAAAGUUGAAUCUCCGUAGAAUUCUGAUAGUUGACUGGGACGUUCACCAUGGCAAUGGCACACAGCAGGUUUUCUACAACGAUCCCAGUGUCAUGUACAUCAGCCUUCAUCGCCAUGACGAUGGGAAUUUCUUUCCUGGCACUGGUGCUCUGGACGAAUGUGGCGAGAAGGAAGGCCUUGGUUACACCGUCAAUGUCGCUUUCACGGGCAGUUUAGAUCCUCCAAUGAGAGAUGCUGAUUAUAUGAUGGCAUUCAGGACAGUAGUGAUGCCAAUUGCUCGGGAAUUCAACCCAGAGCUUGUGUUGGUGUCUGCGGGGUUUGAUGCUGCCAAGGGUCACCCUGCUCCUCUGGGUGGAUAUGAGUUGUCUGGAGCAUGUUUUGGUCACAUGACCAAGCAGCUCAUGACCCUGGCGGGCGGCAAAGUUGUCUUAGUUCUUGAAGGAGGCUACGACCUGCCUGCGAUAUGUGAUGCUUCUGAGAUCUGUGUAAAGGCCUUGCUGGGAGACGAGGUGAGACCUCUCAGCGAAGAGGAGACCAAUAGGAAGCCCUGUGAAGCUGCAAUAAAGACCGUACAAGCUGCAAUCAGUUAUCAAGCUCGUUACUGGCCAGUGGUCACCAAAUAUGCGGACAGCAUCACAAUGUCCAUGAUGGAGGCUCAGAGGAGAGAGCAACGAGAAAGAGAAGAGAACGACACCGUCUCCGCUCUAGCCUCUCUGUCCAUGGUCACUGCCAGAAGAAGUGGUGGACUCUCCUCAAUGUCAUCGACAGAGUCUGAACCCAUGGAGGAAUCUUGAGGCCAAUAAGUGCACAUUUGGGGGACGAAAUUUAAAUUGUAUUUUCACUUGUGCAAAGGAUGCCUUUUACCCAUUGCACGUACAUGUAGUACUUGUGCUGGCACAAAGUAGAUGGAGGCAGAAUGAAAAGAUUUGGGAGCACUUGAAGAAUUGACAGAAGAGUCGUUUUGUUUAGAUGGUAGGGGGCAUGGUUGGCAAGAGGAGAUUGUAAAACAGGAUUUGAGGAUUUGAGACUCUAAAAUGUCAUUGUCAUCAAGAAUGGUGUCUUCAAUGAUGAGCAGCUGAUUUUGUAUAACUGGCUGACAUCCCUUGCAAAUCAAAGCUUGUACCACCAUCAGAGGCAUAAUUUCAGACACCAGAUGUCAUUGCUGUCAAGAGAAGCUAGAAGGAUUACCAGCUGCUGGGCGAAAAGACACCAGAUGUCACUGCGUAUGAAGGAUUCCUCCCCUUUCAGCUGCAGUCGGUUGACCCGGGAAGGCUUUUUCCAGUUUUACAGUCAUUCCUAUCGAAAUAAUUUUUUUCGCAGGAUUUCAAGGAUGAAGGAUAGAGUAAAGGACUUACUACCUGCAGAAAGAUUUUAUAAGAAUUAAUUGUUUUUGAGAAUUUUUUCAUCCAUUGAGGGUUGUACAUGGCUGUGCCAGUGUCUCUCUCAGAUACAUAACCAUAGGGGGCGCUAGUAGCCUAUGGCUUGGAACAAGUGUCAAACGGUGCUGUGUGUAUGAUAAUAUUAUUGACUACAACAUUGUGUAGUCAUAUAGUAACCGAUGUUAUCAUCUUGACCAGUAUUUUUAUAUAGUCUUGGGAUGCUUUCGUAGAGCAUUUGUAAUAUAAUGUAUGUUUGUUAACCCAUACGGACAUCGAAACUUUGAGCAAUGUGACAUUGAUAUUUAGUAUUUAAUUUCUAUUUUUAUUGGCAAAAACAUUGCUUGCCACUGUUAUUGAAGAAUUUGGAGGAAAAUUCCACCUUUGACAUUCUAAAUAACGAUGUGAGAAUGAUAUGUGGACCAUAUAGGACAGUUAAGAGAAGGAGCUAGUUAAGAUAAUAAGUUGUCAAAUUUUUUGUAGAUUUUUAAAUAAUAUCGUGGUCUUCUCCACAAGAAAAACUGUAGAAACAGACAAGACGGAUUCCAGUCAAAUUCUUUCUUUUCCUUAAAUUGUAUAGUUCAUUGGUAUUCUAUGGUAGCAACUACUGUGCCCAAUGUUUCAGAAUUUUAAAGGUGGGACAUAUUUGCUAUCAUUGUGCCAUAGGAACCUUGAUCUCUGUCCAUGUCAGGGCUGUAUCUAAGGAAACAGUGGCAAGAACUGGUCAGCAACAUUUGACAUCCAUAUUUUAGAUAACUUCAACAGAAAAAUCGGCUCAAAAAUGCAAGUCAUUUUUUUUUAUCUUUUUUUGUUUCAAAAAUUAUAAAACUAAAUAUGAAUUAUAAUUGCCCCUUCCUUGCUUUAACAAAUACAAAGAUUGGUCUAAAAAGACCCAGUGGACUCUGUUCCCAAAGUCCCCCCCAAGAGGUGGCCCCUCCUUCAAGUGGCACCACCUACUGGUGGCAGUGCCUUCAAGUGGCGCCCCCUUCAGGUUAAGCCCAGGGCACCUGCUGUAACUUAGAUACUCCACUGUUCCAUGGAUAAAUGGUUUAUUUAACCAUUCAUUUGUAUAACUGCAGACUGGGUCAGACUUGGUCUUGAAUUAACCAGAGCCCCCUGCUGUACAUUGUCAGAUUUCACAAUUUAAUUGUAUUUUCUACAACGUUGAAGAUUUCAAUCAGUUUCACUUUUGUAAACAGAUUUUGAAGAGAAAAUUGAGAUGUUAGUUCCUGUUUUAGAAUUCUGGGACAAGUCGAGAAGGGAAAUUUAUCUGCAUUUUUUAUGUAUUGCCAAUAUUGCCAUUUUAUCAAUUCAGCCACCAGUAGCAUUUUGAUGUAGAACAUUUUGUCUUUUCUUUUUAUGAGAUGCAUAAUUAGGGAUGAAUUGAGAAAAAGUGCAAGUGGUUUGGUUGAAAACAGGUUUGCUUUGCAGUAUAUAUGUAUUGUGAGAGCUUGAGUGAUCCAAAGGUGAUUGUGUUGUGGUAUGUCUGAGGUCUGUGGAAUAAUGUCUUUUAAAAACCCUUCAGUUUUAGAGUACUUAAAAUGACU